UGAGCUCCCAGAACCGAGAGCUGUGGCGUUCAAGAUGGCGGCCGCCGAGGGGCCUGCGGGUGAUGGGGAGCUGUGGCAGAGCUGGCUCCCUAACCACGUCGCGUUCUUGCGGCUCCGCGAGGGCCUGAAAAACAGGAGUCCGGCCGAAGCGGAGAAGCCAGCGGCUUCGACUUCUCCCUCGUGCCCUCCUCUGCCGCCGCAUUUGCUGACGAGAAACCUGGUCUUCGGCCUCGGAGGGGAGCUCUUUCUGUGGGACGCGGAAGACAGCGCCUUCCUGGUGGUUCGCCUUCGAGGCCCCAGCGGGGGCAGCGUGGAGCCCCCUCUCUCCCAGUACCAGAGAUUACUUUGUAUAAAUCCACCCCUGUUUGAAAUUCAUCAAGUCUUAUUAAGUCCUACGCAACAUCAUGUAGCACUUAUAGGAAUGAAAGGACUUAUGGCAUUAGAAUUACCUCAAAGAUGGGGAAAGGAUUCUGAAUUUGAAGGUGGAAAAGCAACUGUGAAUUGUAGUACCACGCCGAUUGCUGAGAGAUUUUUCACCAGCUCUACCUCUCUGACUCUGAAGCAUGCUGCAUGGUAUCCAAGUGAGAUGCUGGAUCCCCACAUAGUGCUGUUGACGUCAGACAAUGUGAUAAGAAUUUACUCUCUCCGUGAGCCUCAGACACCCACUAAGGUGAUUGUACUUUCAGAAGCAGAGGAGGAAAGCUUAAUACUCAAUAAAGGAAGGGCAUAUACAGCAUCUCUAGGAGAGACUGCAGUUGCAUUUGACUUUGGACCACUGGCAGCAGUCUCAAAGAAUAUAUUUGGACAAAAAGGCCAAGAAGAAGCGGUGGCAUAUCCACUGUACAUCUUAUAUGAGAAUGGGGAGACCUUCCUCACCUACGUUAGUCUGUUACACGUCCCUGGGAAUAUUGGAAAGCUGUUGGGACCAUUGCCCAUGCAUCCUGCAGCUGAAGAUAACUACGGUUACGAUGCCUGUGCUGUGCUCUGUUUGCCCUGUGUUCCCAAUAUCUUAGUAAUUGCAACGGAGUCAGGAAUGCUGUACCACUGUGUUGUACUAGAGGGGGAAGAAGAAGACGAUCAAACAUCAGAAAAGUCCUGGGAUCCCAGGGUUGACCUCAUCCCUUCUCUGUAUGUGUUUGAGUGUGUUGAAUUAGAGCUUGCCUUGAAACUGGCAUCUGGAGAGGAUGAUCCCUAUGCUUCUGACUUUUCCUGUCCAAUUAAACUGCACAGAGAUCCCAAGUGUCCUUCGAGAUACCACUGUACCCAUGAAGCUGGUGUGCACAGUGUUGGGCUGACUUGGAUUCAUAAACUUCACAAGUUUCUUGGAUCAGAUGAAGAAGAUAAGGACAGUUUACAGGAACUUGCUGCAGAGCAGAAAUGCUUUGUAGAGCACAUUCUUUGUACAAAGCCAUUGCCAUGCAGGCAGCCAGCUCCAAUUCGGGGAUUCUGGAUCGUCCCGGACAUCCUGGGGCCCACAAUGAUCUGCAUCACCAGUACCUAUGAAUGUCUCAUAAGGCCUUUAUUAAGUACAGUCCACCCAGCAUCUCCUCCCCUGCUGUGUACCCGAGAAGAUGCUGAAGUGGCAGAGUCUCCGCUGCGCAUCCUGGCCGAAACCCCAGACUCCUUUGAGAAGCACAUUAAAAGCAUCUUGCAACGUAGUGCCGCCAACCCAGCAUUUCUUAAGUCAUCUGAAAAGGAUCUGGCUCCCCCUCCCGAGGAGUGUCUUCAGCUUAUCAGCAGAGCCACCCAGGUAUUCAGAGAACAGUACAUUCUCAAGCAGGACCUGGCCAAGGAAGAGAUUCAGCGGAGGGUCAAAUUAUUAUGUGACCAAAAGAGGAAACAACUAGAAGAUCUCAAUUACUGUCGAGAGGAGAGGAAAAGUCUACGGGAGAUGGCCGAGCGCUUAGCUGACAAGUAUGAGGAAGCCAAAGAAAAACAAGAAGACAUCAUGAACAGGAUGAAAAAAGUGCUUCACAGUUUCCAUACUCAGCUCCCAGUUCUCUCUGACAGUGAGAGAGACAUGAAAAAAGAGUUACAGCUGAUACCUGAUCAACUACGACAUCUGGGCAAUGCCAUCAAACAGGUUACUAUGAAAAAAGAUUAUCAACAGCGAAAGAUGGAAAAAGUGCUGAGUCCUCAGAAACCCACCAUUACUCUCAGUGCCUACCAGCGAAAGUGCAUUCAGUCCAUCCUGAAGGAAGAGGGUGAACACAUAAGGGAAAUGGUGAAGCAAAUCAAUGAUAUCCGAAAUCACGUCAACUUCUGACACCACCUGAAGUGAACACAACUGCAGGCUUACAAACCCGUGCUGUCAAACAAACAGGUAGCACUAUCUAAUUUAUAAAGAAGCAUUUUGGAUAAACUUUGCUGUGGUUAUUCUUUUGUUAUGCCUUUUGUUUUGUAAUAUUUGAAUAAAUUUUUAUUCAGAAUUUGA